AUGUUCACGUCCGAGUCCGUCAACGAGGGCCACCCCGACAAGCUCGCGGACCAGGUGAGCGACGCCAUCGUCGACGCCUGCUUCGCCCAGGACCCGACGUCCCGCGUCGCCUGCGAGACGUGCACGGGCACGGGGUUCGUCAUGAUCUUCGGGGAGAUCACGACGGACGCGCAGUUCGACUACGAGGCCGUCGUCCGGGAGACGAUCAAGGGCAUCGGCUUCGACGCGCCGGAGAAGGGCCUGGACUACAAGACGUGCCUCGUCAUGAACCGCCUCCACGCCCAGUCGCCGGAGAUCGGCAACGCCGUCGGCAAGGACCGCGCGGCGACGCCGCCCGAGGAGAUCGGCGCGGGCGACCAGGGCCACAUGUUCGGCUACGCGACGGACGAGACGCCGGAGCUCAUGCCCCUGACCCACUCGCUAGCCACGGGCCUCGGCUACCAGCUCACGGUCGUGCGCAAGAACGGCACGCUGCCCCUCCUCCGCCCGGACGGCAAGACGCAGGUGACCAUCGAGUACGAGAAGAAGGGCGGCUUCCUCAAGCCCCUGCGCGUGCACACGAUCGUCAUCUCGACGCAGCACGACCCGGCCUACACGCAGGCCCAGCUCAAGGCGGACCUCAUGGAGCACGUCAUCAAGCCCCUCGUGCCGCCGGACAUGCUCGACGACAAGACGAUCUACCACAUCAACCCGUCGGGCCUCUUCACCAUCGGCGGGCCCGAGGGCGACGGCGGCCUCACGGGCCGCAAGAUCAUCAUCGACACCUACGGCGGCUGGGGCGCCCACGGCGGCGGCGCGUUCUCGGGCAAGGACCCGACGAAGGUCGACCGGUCCGCGGCCUACUACUGCCGCUGGAUCGCCAAGUCCGUCGUCGCCGCGGGGCUCGCGAGCCGCGCCAUCGUCCAGGUCUCCUACGCCAUCGGCGUCGCCGAGCCCCUCUCCGUCUUCGUCGACACCUACGGCACGGGCACGAAGCCCGACCCGGAGAUCCUCAAGAUCAUCCACGACAACUUCGACAUGCGCGCGGGCAUGCUCGUCCGCGAGCUCGACAUGCUCAAGCCCAAGUACAAGAAGACGGCGGCCUACGGCCACUUCGGCAACUGCGCCCGCGGCAACGACCCGGACUUCACCUGGGAGGUGCCCAAGAAGCUCAAGUACUAG